UUAGCACGGAUUGAGGAGGAAGUUGGAAGGUGCGUAAUGGGUUAACGUAAAGGCCUCGCCUCACCUUUUUAGUGCGCGUCACCCGGCUUCGUAAAGUGGUCCCACCAUCCAAAACCAAAGUGGUAAAAUCAGCUCCUCUCUCGCCUCAUCCUGUCUGUCUCCAUCACCGCACACACCCAGAAGACAUCGGGAACAGAGUGAUUUACCGGGAACCAUGAAGGACCGCAUGCAAGAACUUAAACAUGCAACCAUAUACAGCAUAUUGCUGCCGAGCAUUACUGUGUGGCUAAAGCAGGUUAAAGCCCAGCUGAGAGGAAUGAUUCAGGGGAAGGAGACGACAGAGGAGGAGGAUGAAGUUGCUGUUGGGAUUGACAAAGGCUUUAUGGAUGAAUUCUUUGAACAGGUGGAGGAGAUCCGGGGGUUUAUCGAGUCUCUGGCAGAGAAAGUAGAGGAGGUGAAGAGGCAGCACAGCGCCAUCCUCGCUUCACCUAACCCAGAUGAGAAAACGAAGGCGGAGUUGGAGGAUCUUAUGGCAGACAUCAAGAAGUUGGCCAACAAAAUACGUUCCAAAUUAAAGAGUAUCCAGCAAAUCAUUGAGCAAGAAGAAAGCCAGAACAAGUCAUCAGCUGACCUGAGGAUACGCAAGACACAGCACUCCACGCUAUCCCGUAAGUUUGUCGAGGUGAUGUCAGAAUACAACACCACCCAGUCGGACUACAGGGAGCGCUGCAAAGGACGCAUUCAGAGACAGCUGGAGAUCACUGGGAGAAACACAACAAAUGAGGAGCUAGAGAGCAUGUUGGAGAGCGACAACCCGGCCAUCUUUACCUCGGGGAUCAUUAUGGACAACAUCACCGAGCAAGCUAUGAAUGAGAUUGAGACGCGGCACAAUGAGAUCAUCAAGCUGGAAAACAGUAUCAGAGAGCUUCACGACAUGUUCAUGGACAUGGCCAUGCUGGUGGAGAGCCAGGGUGAACUGGUGAACAACGUUGAGCGAAAUGUGCUGGGCGCCCAUGAUUAUGUGGAGCAGGCAAAGGAGAACAUCCCAAAAUGCAAAAAGUUCAAAAAGACCGGCAGGCGGAAGGUGAUCCUGAUAGGAGGUUGUAUUGCAGCAUGUGUGACGGUCCUCAUUAUUGCACUCGCAGUUGGACUCAGUUAGGACCCUCAGAAAUCCCUACAGAGCAGACAGGGCAGGAGGCGACGCCUCCCUCUUAGGGUCAUAUGUAAUAAAGGAACUGUAUAGUGCAGCUCUGUAUUGUACUGUCAGUAACUGCUUCUGAAGUAGGAAGCAGGCUGACAUUACUGUCCUGAAGGCAGUCCAAUAUGUCUCUGUGCACUCAAAUAUUUUACAUUAACUUUGACGUAUAUUUUUUAAACUAUACUUUUUCUAAACUGUUGAAAGUUUUUUGUGCUUUGUGUUUGUGUCAUGAUUCACAUACUGUACCUUCGUCAUAUGCAUGCACUGCAGUCUGGUGAAUAGCUUUGCAUGUGCAGAUAUGUGGUAAUGUUUAUUGAUAAUCCAAAUAAUGAAAAACUGUGAAUAUUUGUUAAAUAUGAAAAUGAUUCACAUUUGUGUCAUGUGGGGAAAUACUGUAUGUUAUUUAAUGUAUUUAUGUAUGAAGAAAAUGCUAGAACAAAAGAUUUAUAGUUUUUAAAUUAGAGGAUGUGGAAAUGCUUCUGAACCAGUGACACUCCGGCAACAUCAUCAGAUACAUUAAAAACAAAUAGUCUUUCUCCAAGCUGCAUUGCCUUCUUCUGCUUUUCUUGUAAACUGCAAUUUGUGCUAAUUAUUAUAUUAUAACAUUGUAACAUGUGUGUAAGUAAAUUACAAGUCCUAUCUCUAACAUGAUUUUCUCUGCUCCCAAUUUGCUGCCAUGGAUGACUGUUUAUCUGUUAUUGUUGAAACUUGACAGAAGAAAAUUAUGAUUAUUAUAUGCUGUGUGGUACUGGGAAUUGUCAUUGCUUCCAUAAUAGGGGGAACACUGUCCUAAACCUCAACCACAGUAACAAUACAUGUAACACAGCCACACACAUAAAGCAGCAAAAACACAACAAAUCAACAUUUCUGUUAUUAUGAAUGCAAUCUAUUAGAUGAGUAACCCACGAGUGCGUUACAUACUGUACAACACAUAAGCGGUGUACAUGGCCAGAGGUGUUUUCGCAUGAGUUGCUAUUUUGUAAAUGUGUGGUGCUGCAAACUGUUUAUCUGACUGUUGAGUGUUGUCAACGAUAUGAUGUUUCCAAAAGUGGAUUCCUGAAUGGAAAAAAGUUACUGUAUGAAAUGUAACGCUAUACUAAUACAUUCCAGCUUCCAAAUAUGACACUUAUUCAAUUGUAAUGUCUGUUUUGUGUUGUACAGGCAAAGUGACAGCCACUAAUCUGCAGUGGUUUUUAAAAGCCAAGUUAUCUAUUUACAUAUUAUUUACUUUAUCUUUUCUUUUACAUUCUCUCUGAUGUCUUCUACCUCCCUUCAAAAGCCCUGCAUGGUUAAGUUCGCCGUAAAUUGUUGUUUUGUUUUCUAUCGCAAAGGGGAAAGAAGAAAUGUUGGAUAUGUUGGUCAUAUUCAUCACACUGCCAAACUUUUUUCAAAAGUCAUCUCUUGUGGUUUACGGAAACAGUGCUACUGUAAACAACUUCAUCAGGCCUUACCAGUUGUGCAGCAUUUCUAACCGUUGCUCCAUGUUGAGUGUGAGCGUGUGGAUGUGAAAGAGAAUAUGCAUGUGUUCAGUUGUAGCUUCAUAUGUUAACGUGCCGAGUGCGAGUCGUGGGAUGAGAAAAUGAGUGCUUGUUAUUAACCACCUGUGUCUUUGUUUUGUAUAAAGUGUAAACUGAUAUAAAGCUCUCUAACACUGCCAGUAUGUUCAAAUAAGAUGUUAAAAUGGAGUCUAGUCUGGUUUGGAUUGAUAAUUCUGGUCUGUAAGUAACAAAUCCUUGUUGUUUUAUGUAUUUUUAUAAAACAGAACAUAUCCUUCUGUCAAGCUACUUAGCUUUUAUUUUUACGAGUGAUCAUGAGUCAGUGAUAGCAUCAGCAUGAACUCAAAGUAGCCUGUAAAAGACUCUCAUUUAAGUUUUCUGGUGACACAUCAGACGUGCACCGACUGCAACCAUGUUGCCUACUAAACUUGUUGCCUUUGUGUUGUAUUGUGAAACAUGGGUUUGGGUGUUUACUUUUAGUUUGUUUUUGUUAAGUUUUCUUAGUAAAGUUUGUCUGAAAAAUCUAAUUUUGUGUUUGCGUUGUUUUGCAUAAGUGCAUUCAGAGACAGAAUGUCCAUUAAAGAGAAAUUCAACCUGGUUUUCUCAUAACUGUGGCCGUUCUGACUAUGGAUGGUAAUAACUUGCACACAUCACUGCCACCGUAGAGAUUCAGGUAAAGUGACUCCGGCACAACAUUGUUUGUCGUAAAAGUAGUGUGAAAAAAGUAAGAGUCACAGAACCUCAAACACAAAAAGAGGGGUACUUCCUUCUAAAGACAAGGCAAUAUUUACCCUCAAGUAACUGUCGAUUUACUUUGUUUAUCUCCAGAGUAAAGUGAAGGCGUUGAACCUGGACAUUUUGUUCUAUUGGAGUUCAGCCAAAAUGUUCGUCUUUUAUUCUGAAGGCUGAUUCUCUCUCUCAGAAGGAGAUCAAUUACUACAAUGUCUUUGCUUUG